GGUUUAUUCUUUCUUCCCUAGUUUCUCAUUCUAAAGUCACUACCGAACAAGGAAAACAUGGAAGGUCAUGGAAUUUUAACAAUACCUUAAAUACUAUGUGUAACGAGUCAAUUAGUUUUGGGCAUGAAGACCCUAAUUUGACGUAUCGUACGUAUUUUUUUGAUAAGGCGUUACCAAAACUAUUAAACUGGAGUCAAGUGCAUUUUUUGAAUGGUUUAAAUCCUUACAAAAACUCAAACUAUGGGGAACAUUUAAUUUUGUUUGAUGGUAAAGGAUUUUUAGUAGGAGGUCACAGUAAGCAUGAUGUGAAUGUGAGUCAAAAAACGCUUAUGGAGGAAACGAAUGAUUUAAAAAAUGUUUUAAUUCAUGGUCACGAUUUGAUAACCAUGACAAAUGUUAAGGAUUUUAGUUCGUGUGAACAAAUUCAGACGUAUUUGCUUUCAAAUCUUGAUGUUUAUAAUAGUGCUACACCUUCUUCUUUAAAGGAUCAUACACUGCAUUUAGGUUCUUUCGCGUCAGGCCCAGUGUUUCUUCUUUAUGGUGGACGUUUUGAGUCCAGCAAUGAAACAUUGGUGGAUUUAAAUAGCCAUGUUCUAGGGUUUAACCUUCUUUCAAAAUGUUGGGUAGUCUUAGAUAAUCCAUCCAAUUGUUGUCCACCAGCACGUCAUUCCCACGCUUCUGCUAUAGUUCCCAUGGCGGGUAGCGGGUCUUCGUUACCUGAAUAUACGGAGUACUUGAUAAUUUUUGGUGGUUUAGGAUUCCCUUGGGUAUUCGAUCAUAACAAAUCAAAUAAUGGUAAUUCUAGCCAUGUUACUGAACGUGCAAGUGUUCAAGGUUUUUUAUCUGAUCUUGUCGUAUUAAAUGAUUUAUGGAUUUUCAAUUUCCUUGCGGCAACAUGGACCUGUAUUGAACUUUCUUGUUGUCCGCAAGAAAGAUUUGGAAUGUCUUUUAUUUGGUUGGAUGCUUCCAAUCUUUUUAUGUAUGGUGGCGAAGCACGUACACUUUUAAAUGAUUAUUUAGAAGAAGAUAUAUCAUUAGAUAUUCAACGUUCUCAUCGUUUCGCCUUGCCUUAUGGCCGUUCCAUUUUAUUAAAUGAUUCAUGGUGUUUGCAUAUUGAUAAAAUAAAGCUUGAAGAAAUCUUUUCAAAUGGCGGUUCAAUUCAAACCGCUGUCGAAUGGAAACAAUUUCCUGAUGAUGGAACAAAUCCUUUUCGAUCACAUUAUGCAUCAAUAGGUCUAACAGCAUGGUUUCCAUGUUUCACUUAUUGUCAACAAAAGGGUCUUAAUUUUUAUGAAUGUCAAGAUGUUUGGUGGACAUAUCACGUGAAAGAAACUUUAGAAGAAACAAAAGAUACACGAUGGGAAACUGUGCGACUUUUAUUUCUGAUUUCUGGAACAACAAUGAAUUGUGAUGCUGUUAUGUAUGAAGUUUCAAAUGUUUUCGUGGGUUUGGUGAUAAACACACAAUCAUCGACGCUACCUUUUAAGAUUGUUUGGAAAACUAUCAAUGUUGGCUGCGUGCCGAAGAAUCAACCUUUUCUUGGUCGACGUGGUCAUUCCGUGACAUUUCUACAAACAUUUUAUGACUCAACUCACACAAUGGACACGCAAGAUAGUCAAACGAAAGAAGAAGGCCUCCUAUUAAGUCGACCUCAAAAAUAUUAUUGUCUUUUUGUGUCCCGAGGUAUUACAAGUACAGGAGAAAACAGAGAUGAUUUUUAUUUAUUACAUCUUUCAUCUCUUUUACCAAAUGUGUACGACAAUAAAAUUGGUUCAUCAUUAAAGUCACAAAAUAAAACUCUUUUAAAACCCCAUUUUAGUAAAUCCAAUAUUUUAUCACUUGUUUCAUUACCUAACAAUGACAAAUUUGCGACAUUGUCGCAAAUUGCAUUGUCAAAACAAUCCAAUUUGUUCUCACCUAAUGUUUUUCAUAUAUUUCAAAGUGUGUGGAAUCAUUCAGCUUUGAAUUUCCAAUCAUCUGUUUUUCAAAAGGGACCCAUCAUAACUCGAAAUUUUUUAUUUUCCUUAGCUUCUAUGAUUCGUCAUCCUUUUUCCUGUGUAGGUUAUUUUCUUGAAAAUUCCUACAGUUCUAAAACCAAUGCUUCCACUGUUCACGUUUCGUUCGAAGAAUGGAAUGAUUGUGAAGUUUUAAUUUUUAGAGAUGAUGGUAAUGGUCUUUCUUACACGGAGCUAUACUGGCUCGUCAAUCAAUUUGGGCAUACCAAUUUCUCAAAAAAACAAAAUUUCAAUACAUUUCAUUUAGGUUUCAAAUUUGCUUCUUCUCGACUUUCUCAUCAUUGUUUAGUGUUGACGAAAACACAAGAUUCAUACGGAGUAGCGCUUUUCUCGCCACCUUUAAAUGCAAUGUUACAAACUCUUCAAUUUGUAUCUCCUGUUGUUUCCUGGUCACGCGAGUCGAAUGCUCCUCUUUCUUUAUCAUUAGAUGAAGCUGAUUUUCAACAACGUUUACACUUAAUCUUAAAAUACUCCCCCUUACAAACAACCCAAGUCUUACAAAAGGAAUUUCAAAACUUCAAACAUGUGACGGGUAGUCAAUUUAUUUUGUUUGGAUUACGAAAAGAUUUACCUUACUUUUAUCGAACCAAUGACAAUCAAAUAACUUUUACAUCUUACAGAAAUCCGACUCUUUUCACAACACCCAAAGCGUCCAUUUUAUACCCAAAGUAUAACAAAUUUGAAACAAAUGACAAUCAACUUCCUACGACGGCUGUAAAAGAGGGCACAUUAGGCGCUAUAGGAAGUAUAGAUUUAGACGAACAUUUCCCAAUGUUCCAAUGUUCUCAACGCUCAUUCGAUUAUAAUCUGGCAACCUAUAUGUACUGGUUUCACCUCAAUGCUAAGCAAGAAUUGUACCUAAAUAAUUGUUUAAUUUCCUCUAAUCCAUCAACAACACCCUCAGCUAAAAUAUGCAAGUCGGAGAAACAGUCAUUGUGGGAUUUUUUGAAAGAAAAAUUGACUUACAAACUCUAUUUAAAUAACAUUCAUGUUGAAGAUCACGACGACUCUAUUACACUACUAUUAGGUUUUUUAAAUAAAAAUAUCACGUCGUACACAAGCAAUUUACAACCUUAUGAAGAAUCUAAGACCGUGGGAUGCGGUGACGUAUGUGAAACAGGCAUUUUAUUUUAUUCCGAAGGCCGUUUAGUCAAAAGAGCACUCUCAUGCUUACCAGGCAUUCCUGAACUUAUAACACCCAUUUCGACGAACACUGAGCCUGUGAAACCAUCAUCGUUUUUUAUUGAGAAUCUCAUAACAGCUGUGAUUAAUUUCCCUUCAAGUUUUCAUUUAAAACCUACAAAAGAAAAUUUUGACAGUACCCAUAAUGCGUCGCUUGAUCAUCUUAAUAGUCAAUUGGAUGACAUUUUACAAACAUACUCCCAAAUUUUUCAUGAUGAUGCCAAAUUAAAAGAAUAUGAAGCGUCUUACAAUAGCCGACACACAACACAAAACUGUUUAGUGUAAACCGCUUGUAGCCAUUCUUUCUGAAG